AUGCGACUCUUUGAUCACCCCUUGGCAUUGGAUUGGACUUGUCGUCAUCAGGAUAGACCCCUUGUCGUCGAAAUUGGACUCGAAGUCGUUGCCAUUGGAAUGGACCCGUUCGUCGUCGGUCGGGACUCGUCGCCAUUGGAAUGGACCCCUAGUUGUUGGAUUGGACUCCCGGCCCAGGAACACAACCACCGUCUCCCCUUCUUCCCUCUCCAGCCAUCCAGCAUUGUCAAGGAGAGACUCGGUGGCAUUCUUGACUUUGUCCCAAGCUACGUUGACUUCCUCCACCUUGAGAGGCUCCCCUGGUCCCUUAACAACCUCAUUUCGGCACCCCCCGCUCUGUGCAACCGCCUUGAGAGCCUCUCCCGCUCCCCUGACAACUUUGUGACCACCUUGAGAGCCUCUGCCGCUCCCCUGACAACUUCACCUUCACACCCAUCUCUCAGUCAGUACCUCCUUCCAAGCCCGUCAUCACCAAGCACUCACCUCUUCUUCUAUAUUUACUCAAGCCCCGCCAAGGUCAGCGCCGCCUUUGCAGCGGUCAUCAAUCACCACGUCUGCAAACGCUUCCACUUCUUUGAAUGGGUCAAGCUACACGGCAAGUGCGAGUUGGUCUUCUAUGUGCCCCCCCAAAGCCACCUUUUUGCUUCAGCUCCUAGUUGUUUUGUCGAGUCCUCUUCCGUCCUUCAUCUCCGCUGA